AUUGGUGUUUGGUGGUGUCACGUUUUGGAUCCAGCAUGGCAGGGAAACAGAAAAGAAAACUAGAAGACCUCAGUGUGGAUGAGUUCCUACUGUCAGGUUUUGACUCGGCGGGUGAAAAUGAAUCAGAAGAAGAGACCCCCAAACAGAAUGGACUCAAGAAAAAGAACAAGAAGAAAGAUCUUAGCUCCGUGGCUCCCAAGACAGAUGAAAAGAAGAAAGAGAAAGGUAAAGCCUCUGAGCACAAGGAGCAGCUGUCCAGGUUAAAGAAUAAAGAUCCAGAGUUCUACAAGUUUCUCCAAGAGAACGAUCAAACGCUCCUAAACUUUGAGGACACAGACAGCUCUGAUGAUGAGGAUGAGCAAAAGUACCACAGAUUGCCAUCCACACUGGAGGAGGCCAGCUCUGGUGAGGACGAUGGAGAUGAUGAAGAGGGUCAGAAAGGCUCGAAGAAAUCCAAGAAAUCAGUGGAAACCAUCAAAGUCACAGACAAAAUGAUUGAAGACUGGAAAGCUGCUAUAAAGAAGGAACCUACACCUCGUCUCUUCAGGGAAGUCACCCAGGCCUUUAAGGCUGCUGUAGCCACAACUAAGGGUGAAGGAGGGGGUCAGUGUCGAUACAAAGUGGCUGACAGUUCAGUGUUCAAUGCCUUGGUCCUGUUCUGUAUCAGAGAUAUUUAUGCGGCCAUGCAGAAGAUGCUCAACCUAAAGCCAGAUAAAGACCAGAAGAAGCUAGUGCUCCCAUCGUCUAGUCCACGGUGGCAGAAGAAUCAGAUCGACAUCAAGAUGUAUCUCAGUGGAGUAGUUCAGCUGUUAUCCUGUCUAACAGAGUCUUCAGUCAUCAGCGCUGUCCUGCGGCACGCCAACCAGCUUGUACCUUAUUACCUUUGUUUACCCAAACAGUGUCGGCACCUGGUUAAGCAACUGAUGAAGCAGUGGAGCACAGGGGAGGAAACAAGUCGGGUUCUCGCCUUCCUGGCCCUCAACAAAAUCUGCAGGCACAAGCAGGAAACAUAUCUUAACCCUAUUCUCAAGCAAAUGUACAUCUCCUACGUACAAAACUGCAAGUUCACAUCUCCCAAUGCACUGCCCAUGAUCAACUUCAUGCAGCGAACUCUAACAGAGAUGUACUCCCUGGACACACAGGCCACUUACCAGCAAGCCUUCAUCUACAUCAGACAGCUGGCCAUCCACCUCAGAAACGCCAUGACCAUGAAGAAAAAGGAAACGUAUCAGUCUGUGUACAACUGGCAGUAUAUCCACUGUCUGUAUCUCUGGUGUCGCGUCCUCAGCACCCUGCAUCCCAGUGAUGUUCUCCAACCUCUCAUCUAUCCACUCUGCCAGGUCAUAAUUGGCACCAUCAAAUUGGUGCCCACGUCAAGAUAUUACCCUCUGAGGAUGCACUGUUGCAGAGCCCUCACCCUGCUGUCGAGCAGCACCAACACAUUUGUACCUGUGCUGCCUUUCCUCUUGGAGGUCUUCCAACAAGUGGACUUCAACAAGAAGCCAGGGCGAAUGAGCAAGAAGCCCAUCAACUUUGCUGUCAUCCUGAAGCUUAGCAAAGUCAACCUGAUUGAGAAAGCCUACAAGGAUGGACUGAUUGACCAACUGUAUGACCUGAUACUGGAAUACUUCCACACUCAGGCGUGCACCAUUGGCUUCCCAGAGCUCGCCCUGCCCACCGUCAUUCAGCUGAAAGCGUUCCUGAAGGAAUGCAAAGUGGCCAAUUACUGCAAGCCGGUGCGCCAACUGCUGGAGAAGGUACAGGAGAACAGCAGCCACAUCACAGGACGGCGACAGAAGGCCGCCUUCGGAGUCGCCGAUGCCACUGCUGUGGCGGCCUGGGAGAAGCAGAUCCAGGAGGAGGGGACUCCCCUCACCAGGUACUACAGCCAGUGGAAGAAGCUGAGGGAGAAGGAGAUUCAGCUGGAGAUCUCUGGCAAAGAAAGGAUGGAAGAUCUGGACCUCCCUGAAAUCAAGCGUAAGAAGAUUCAGGAGAAGAAAGAAGAGGACAAGAAGGAGUUCAAGGAUCUGUUUCAGUCUGACAGCGAAUCAGAUGAUGAUGGAGGGUUCAAAAUUAAAGGUAAAAAGGACAGCCGUGGGUCAGAUGAUGAUGAGGAUGAUGACGACCUUGAAGACCUAUCUGACAUGAGCGAUGAUGAGGGGAUGGAGGGAGGAGACUCAGAUGAUGAUGAUGAUGAUGAUGAUGAGGGCGAUGAAAAGGCAUCCAAGGCUCCUCAGCCGCUGUCCUCCUCUGCUCUGAUAAAGCUGGCAGAGGGAGACGAAGAUCUCGUGGAAGACCUGGAGCUGUCUGAUGAUGACUGAGGUUCAUGGAGGGACACACUUCAGCUCACCUGAGAAACAUUAUAUAUUCCAACCAUCUAUACCAUUUUUGGACUUUUUGCUAUUUUCUUUGCUUUUGAAUUUUGUAUUACUUGUACAGUACAAACGUGUCCAUGAUAAAAUUUUAUUAAGCAAUUAAAUUGUAAAAAGACA